UUGGUCUGAUGUCUGCAUUUGAUCCAUGCAUCUAAUAUUUAUAUUGCGGCAAUGGUUAUUCGCUAGUAGCCUACACUUGCAAAAAGUAAUAAGCACGUAAGGGGUCGAAUAUAAGAAAGAAAUCAGAGUCUGUGUGAACUCAGCGUACCGGCAGUCAGCAGGCUAAAAAACGCAAGGCCCAUACCAGUGCAAAAGUUGUUUGCACGUUUAGAUCAGCUUAAAGUUUUACAAAGGCUGCCUUGGUCGGAUAGUUAACUUCAUUUUAUUAGUUCAGCUUAAGGAAGCUCAUAUAGACUAUACAUCGGUUAGUGCUGUCAAAUCUGUUACAAUGUUACCUGUAAUUGAUUUUGAGUCGUGUCAACCAAAUGUUGAUGUAUCGAAUGAACAACUGAAGGAAACUGGAAAACUAUUGAUAGAUGCUUUGAGCACUGCGGGAUUUUUGUAUUUGAAAAAUUCCGGCAUCAGCAGGAAAUCAAUUGAAGCGAUGAGAAAUGCAGCAGAAGGAAUAUUUGCUGCACCUGUAGAAGAAAAGGAAAAAUAUGCCAUGGACCCAAAAACGUUUUGCGGCUACGUCGGGAUGACAUCGGAAAAUUUAGAUCCUGAGCAUCCAACAGAUUAUAAAGAAGCUUUCCACAUUGCUUCUGUCGCUCUUGACCCAACAGUCGGGAUGAAAUGGCCCCAUGAUCUCUCUCCAGACUUUGCUUCUGUUUCAGCGUCUUUCAUGGAAGAAUACAAAGCUCUCUCGCUACGGAUUUUAAAAGCUAUUGGAGUUGGAAUGAAACUGAAGGAUCCGGAUUAUUUCACCAAGGCCCACAAUUUCAUGCACAAGCAAGGGAAUAUGUCGGGCUUGCGUGUAUUGCGAUACCCACCGGUACCAGAAGGUGUAAAAACUCCCGACCAAAGAUUAGGAGAACAUACAGAUUGGGCUUCAAUAUCUCUCCUGAUUGUGGACCAAGUCGGUGGAUUACAGGUUUCCAUUGACGGUGAGAAUUAUGAAGAAGUUCAACCGAUAGAGGACACAGUACUUCUAAAUAUUGGUGACACAAUGCAAUUUUGGACCAAUGGAAAAAUGAAAUCAAAGAAACAUCGUGUGAUUCUACCGAAGGGUCGAGAGAAAAUGACCCGGAGGUCGAUGGGAUAUUUUGUUCAUGCUGAUAACGAGGUGGUCAUCAACCAACCUCUGGUCUACGAAGGAGAUCCGGAUGUUGCGGAAGUUGUGAAAAAUCCGAUAACUUCCCAAGAGUAUGUAGUGGGAAAAUUAAACGAAGCGCACAACCUAACAGCCAAAGCUUACUAAACAUAAAAACACAUUUCGCCCAAACAGCGUAAUAAUUUUUCUGUGUUGUAUACAUUCUAUAAUAGAAAGAAUAUAAAAAUGUGACAAAAAACUUGUUUACAUAAUAUAAAGCAUUGUAUGUAAUAAAACUACUGUUUCUUUUUAAACGUAUAACUUAUACUCAAUACAUUGAGUAUUGAGUAGGCCAUGUAGCAUAUAAAAGCCAUGUAUCAGUGCAAACUGCUCGAGUUUCUAAACAUUUGUUCUUUUACACACAAAAAACAUCAUAAAGUGCCGUCGUAACAAGCAUAAUAAAAUUGAAUCCCGCAGUUAAACUGCUCACUGCUACACACAAGUAAUAUCAAACUGUAACGUUU